AUGUCAAAUGCCAACUCUUUACUCUCAACAAUCAUAUUGUUGAUCUUUUUGGCCACGCUUUUGCAAGCUACCAACAUAACCUUCACAUGCUUUGGUAAAACAGAUCAAGAACCAGCUGUCUGCUCUGGUAAUGGAUUAUGUCAAGCCAAUAACGCAUGUUCAUGUAAUGUUGGUUAUUUUGGUUCUGAAUGUGAAAUAAUGGCUCCACGUUACAAUAUCUCAACAAUUGCUGGGACAGGUAGCGCAGGUUAUAAUGGUGAUGGUGGUUUGGCCAUUGAGACAAUGCUUAGUUCUCCCCAGGGUGUUGCUGUUUCAGAGAGUGGCGAAGUUUACCUCUCAGAUUCAACCAACAAUAUUAUUCGAAAGGUAUAUUUAAAUGGAACUAUUCAAACUAUUGCUGGAUCAAGAACACAAGGUUAUUCUGGUGAUAACGGACCAGCUGUAAACUGCCAAUUCUUCUCCCCUCAAGGUCUCUCACUCAGCCCAUCAAAUAGUGAUUUAUACAUUGCCGAUACUUUUAACAAUGUAGUAAGAAGACUCGAUCUCAAUACUGGUUAUAUUAGACCUUUUGUAGGAGAUGGAGGUAGAGGAUAUACCUCUCCAGGAGAUGGUAAUGCAUUCGGAUGGUUCAAUGUCAUUCGAGGUCUAUGUUUAAGCCCAAAUGGAGAGUUGAUAUUUACUGACACUGAAAAUAACAUGAUCAGAAAGGUUUAUGCCAAUGGCUUGUAUGAUGUUUCUGGUAGAGGACAGACUAAUUCAUAUUUGGGAGAUGGUGGUUUGGGAAUUAAUGCAUGGCUUGGAAUUCCUUAUCAAAUUGCAGUCAAUUCAGACCUCGAUGUAUUCUUUGUUGAUAGUUUAUAUAAUGUUGUGAGAAGAAUUAAACAAAGUUCAGGAAUUAUCAAUGCAGUUAUUGGAACUGGAAGUGGUUUUGGUGGAGAUGGUGGUCAGGCAACAAGUGCACAGCUUUCCUCUCCAAAAGGACUUGUUGUUUCGUCUAGUGGUGAAAUGUUUUUGGCCGAUUCUGGUAACAAUCGAAUUAGAAAAGUUUUUUCAAAUGGAAUCAUUGUCACAAUUGCAGGAACUUCAAGUGUUGGCUUCAGUGGAGAUGGUGGUUUAUCAACUGAUGCUCAAUUGAAUAAUCCAGUUAACCUUGCCAUACGACAAUUGAGAAGUUUGAGUGAAAUCUAUAUCUCAGAUGCUGGAAACCAUGCUAUUAGAAAGUUGACUGCUUUUUGUGAGGAAACACAUGCUCUAAUUGAUGGAUUGUGUCAUGUUCAAUGUUUUGGAAAGACGAACCAAGAUUUUGGUGUUUGUUCUGGAAGAGGAAAUUGCACCACUCAUAAUCAAUGUUCUUGUAAUGUUGAUGAAGGAUAUUAUGGAGAAAAUUGUGAAGAUUUCAAUUGUAAUGGAGUGAAUUGGAGAAAUGCAUCGGUUUGUUCUGGAAAUGGUGUUUGUUCUUCACUUGAAAAUUGCACUUGCUCAACUGGGUAUUACGGAACUAAUUGUGAAUUCUUUGAUUGUUUUGGUGUGAAUUCAAUGGAUCCUUCAGUUUGUUCUGCUCAUGGUAAAUGUGUUACUUUUAAUAAUUGCUCAUGUAAUACUGGUUAUUUUGGUCAAUCUUGCCAAUCAUUCAAAUGUUUUGGUCUUGAAUCAAAUGACUCACUUGUUUGCUCAUCCCAUGGUUUAUGCACUGAUUAUAAUACUUGCAAUUGCUCAAAUGGUUACUAUGGAGCUGCUUGUCAACUAUUCAAUUGUUAUGGAACUCCUCAAGAUAAUCCUUCUGUUUGCUCAGGACACGGAAAAUGUUUACAAGUUGACCAAUGUCUGUGUCAGGAUGGAUAUUAUGGAGCUAAUUGUGAACAAUUUAAUUGCUCUGGAAAGUCCUCCAAUGAUCCAACUGUUUGCUCUGCUCGAGGAAUUUGUUCAAGUUACAAUAACUGCUCAUGUCAACUCGAAGGUUAUUAUGGAGCAACUUGUGAACAUUACAAUUGCUUUGAUAUUUCCAAGAAUGCUGAAUCAGUCUGCUCCGCACAUGGUAUUUGCUCCAGUUUCAACAAUUGUACUUGCUUUAUAGGAUAUUCAGGUUCAGAUUGCAGUCAAUAUUCAUGUUAUGGAUUGAGUUCUUUAAAUCCAUCAACUUGUUCUAGUCAUGGAAUAUGCUCAAGCCACAACAAUUGUACAUGUUCUAAGGGAUAUUACGGCUCAAAAUGUGAAUCAUUUGAUUGCCUUGGAAUCUCAAAGAAUGAUUCAAGAGUUUGCUCUGGACAUGGAUUUUGUUCAAGUUUCAAUAAUUGCACUUGUUUGGAUGGAUAUUAUGGAAAUAAUUGUCAAAAUUUUACGUGUUUUGAUGUGAUGCAAGCAAGCCCUGAGGUGUGUUCUUCUAUUGGUAUCUGUAUUGAUAAGAAUGUUUGCCUUUGCUUGAAUAAUACCUCUGGAGAGAAGUGUCAAAAUCGUGCAGUUUCGCCAAUUGUUUCGUUGGGAAUGCACUCAUACAAUUACUUUUCUGGUUUAAUGAGUUUUGCUUCAAUCAUGAUUGUAUUUUUAUGGUUGACCAUGAUUCAUUGAUAUAAUAAUAUAAUACUAUAUACCAAGCCCUGUACAUAACCAAACAAAUAAAGAAUUAAUGCCGUAAUUUUUUCCA